AACUAAUGUGUGAGUCGAUGUCAGAGCUGGUCCUUGCGCUGAUGCAACACAGUGACAGGUCCACCCAACCGGCUUCUCUCACCCACGUCUCCCUCUAAGAACACAGGCUUAGAGGUAAGUCGACAGGAUUUACAGAAUGUCUGCGUGAUGUUUCUAUCAAAAGUAUCGAAAAUAUAUCUACUUCAUUUAGAGACUGAAUUAACCUAUUCUUCGUAACAUCACUAAGGCGAGGAAACAUUAGCUGCACAUGGUUUUGAUGCUAGUUAGCCUAGCAUUGGCUGAGUGAUUCAUUCAUGUUCUGCGUGACAUACACUACUAUAGGUAGUGUGUACGUCAGCCAGUGUGUGUUUAUAUUAGUGUUAACGAUUCAAACGAGGGAUAUAAAGGGUAAAAUAAGCCUAAUAAACAGCAGCAUCUGAUAGUGAACUAUAUUAAUACUCAACUCAGGUCUUUUCUUUUCAUCAUACAGUUUUAAGUAGUUUUCUGUUGCCUGCUGCUCCCUCAGUAUGGUGACAAAAAGAUGUGUCAUUUAAUAUGGACUGACCCACAUGUUUGAGCCAAUAAGACAACAACACAGCCAUUAAAGGGAUAUUACGGCGUAAAAUUAAUUUAGGGUCAAACACACCGUAACACCGAGUUAGACACCCCCUCGAGAGACAAACCUCAAGCAAAACACCACUCUAUAGCCACAAAUAAUGCUCAGAACAGCACCUAACUUCAUCAACAGUACAUAUAGGGUCCUAGCCAUAGCACUAGCCACCAAACAUCUUUUUAACUUUGCCUAAUUUCUUUAGUAAAGAGACUAAAAACAACUCACCAUAAUACUCUCUUCCAGCGGCUGCUUUUACAGCGGAAUAUGCCUUUAAUGUGAAACAUAAUAAGCUUCUGUUUUCUAGUGAGGUUGCCCUGCACCAUGGCAGACCAGCUGAGUCCAGAUGAGAAGUUCCACCUCAUCACUAGGAACCUUCAGGUAAUACACACACACACUGAUUUGUAAUCUCUAGAUUCCCCAGACAGCGUAUACAAAUUAACCUCCAAUUGUGUGUUUCGUGUGUGUUACAGGAGGUCCUUGGAGAGGAGAAGGUGAAGCAGGUCCUUCAAGAGAGAGAGCUGAGGGUUUACUGGGGCACAGCGACCACCGGCAAACCCCAUGUGGCUUACUUCGUCCCCAUGUCCAAGAUAGCCGACUUUCUCAAGGCUGGAUGUGAGGUGGGUGAAUCUGAUUGAGCAUUUUGUGAGUUUUUAGGUUUUCUACUCCUCUGUUGCCUCUGUUUAUCAUGAUCUUACAGGGAUGUUUUUGCGUUUCAUUCUCAUCCAUAGGUCACUAUACUGUUUGCAGACUUGCAUGCUUACCUAGACAACAUGAAGGCCCCCUGGGAGCUGCUGGAGCUCAGGGUGAAGUAUUACGAACAGGUUAUUAAAGCCAUGUUAGAGAGCAUUGGUGUGCCUCUGGAUAAACUCAAGUUUGUCAAAGGAACCGACUACCAGCUAAGCAGGUCAGUUGUGCUUUCUUAACCUAACAUCACCUUAAUAAAGCCUACGACACUCGAACUACUGGCUUACAUGUGUUUUGUCUUUUGUGUCAGAGAGUACACGCUUGAUGUUUACCGCCUGUCCUCCAUGGUCACUGAACACGAUGCUAAGAAGGCUGGAGCUGAGGUGGUUAAGCAGGUGGAGCAUCCCUUGUUGAGUGGUCUGCUGUACCCUGGGCUGCAGGUAAGAAAACCAUUAAAAUGCUGCUUAGAAAUGGUAAAAGAAAACUUUUCUUCAUAUUCACAGCAAUAAAAUGAAGGAUGGAAAAUAUACACAUCUAUUUUUUAAUAAUGAAAUAGUUUAAAGGCAGUAGAAAGUAUCAAUCAAAACUUGAUUUGAGGGUUUAUAAAUAAGUCAAACUGAUAUAUGAUAAAGAAAACAUCAGAUUUUGCUCAUUGCUCAAUUGAAAUUUAAUGUCAGCGACAUGUUUCAAAAUAGUCGAGACAUGGACAUGAGCUUUAUACCACCUCUUCUGUAAAUGUUACAGUCUCCAAAAUAAAAAUAAAUGAAAGGGUCCCAUGAUGAUAAAUGUGAUUUCUGUAUGUCCUCAGGCCCUGGAUGAGGAGUACCUUAAAGUGGACGCCCAGUUUGGGGGUGUUGAUCAGAGGAAGAUUUUCACUCUGGCAGAGAAGGUACCUCCUUACUCCUUCUUUGCUUAUAUUUAAACAACUCACCCUCUCUUCUCCUGCUGCUCUUAACAGGAAACAAGAUUUUGCAUAUCAUAGCUUAAAAAAACAUUUCUGUUCGGUGAUUCCACAAUAAACCUUUGGGGGGAAACAUCUCUGAAUAAAGUCUAACUGUAGCUUUUCAUUCAUCUCCAGUACCUGCCCUCUCUUGGCUAUGCUAAACGUGCUCAUCUGAUGAACCCCAUGGUACCUGGUCUGACAGGAGCCAAGAUGAGCUCCUCAGAAGAAGUAUGUCACAGUUAUAUAAAAACAAUAUUGACGAAUAAUAAAGACAGUAGUAUUCAUGAUCUGUUAUAAUUUUGUUCGGGUGUAGGAGUCAAAGAUCGAUCUGCUGGACUCAAAAGAAGAUGUGAAGAAGAAGCUAAAGAAAGCCUUCUGUGAGCCGGGCAACAUCCAGAACAACGGGGUCCUCUCCUUCGUCAAAUACGUCCUCUUCCCUCUGCGUGGAGGUAGAAUCCCCCACCCUUUUAAAAUUGUAAACUGUGGAGUUGACUGCAAAGUUUUUCCUGUUACUUUUGAAAUACUAGAAAUGAGUCUUAUACAAUACUGUGUUACAGAGUUCUGCAUGAAAAGAGACCCUAAGUGGGGAGGAGACAAAAUCUACAAAGCCUUUGAAGAGGUGGAGAAGGACUUCGCAGAGGAGGUGAAGUAUUUGGAAAACAAGAGCCUGUCUUUAGGUACAUAAUUGCUCGAAACACCCUCCACAUUUUGGUCUGACUGUUGUUAACCUUUGACCUUUUAGGUCAUCCAUCCAGGAGACCUGAAGGCUUCAGUGGAAGCAGCACUGAACCAACUGCUGGAGCCGAUCAGAAAGAAGUUUGAGUCACCUGAGCUCCGGAAACUCACCAACUCCGCCUAUCCCAGCCAGUCAAAAUCAAGUCAGUAUUUUUACCCAUCAUCCUCUCUGUCAUCGCUCACUUGUUGUUCCAGCCCUUUACAUCCAAAUGUAGCAGUAAUAAGAGCUCUGCAUUGUGAACCAGUCCACUCUGAAGAUGUUCAAUCAUUCGUUCGUGUUCUUAUGUGAUCAGAAGGAGCAGCCAAAGGCGCAAAGGCAGGAGGAGGCGGCGGGGGAGGAGGAGAAGACGAUGAGCUGGCUCCCUCCAGACUAGACAUCAGGGUUGGCAAGAUCAUCAGUGUGGAGAAGGUAAGAUACCCAGAUCGUCUUUUGACGCCUGACCAGCUGAUCAGUGUCCAGUUGAACUGUCAGUUUCAGAGUCCUCUGCCCUCUCUGUUCACAUGGGUUUGUUCAGCAUCCAGACGCAGACUCGCUGUACCUGGAGAAGAUUGACGUGGGAGAGCCAGAGCCGAGGACAGUAGUGAGCGGGCUGGUGGCCUAUAUCUCCCAGGAGGACUUACAGGACAGGACGGUGUUGUUGCUGUGCAAUCUGAAACCCCAGAAGAUGCGAGGGAUUGAGUCUCAAGCCAUGCUGUUAUGUGCCUCUGUGUGAGUGGCAGCUCCACAAAAAAACUCACUUAACUCAGAAUUAGUUUUUGUUUAUUUCUCAUUAUGUCUAUUUGGUUUGUUAGUGAAGGGGAGCCGAGGAGGGUGGAGCCUCUGGACCCCCCAGAGGGGUCAUCGCCAGGAGAGAAGGUCUUUGUGGAAGGAUAUGAGGCAGGCAAACCAGACGAAAGACUUAACCCAAAGAAGAAAGUGUGGGAGAAACUACAGGUAUGUGUCACUAAGAAUUAACUGUCAACCUGUCAAGAGUAUACGCAUGUGUUGGCUUAGGGGUUGGAGUCAUUAAGUGAUGGAAAGCAGGCAGCACUAAAAACAGGAUCUCUGUCAAGGGCUCCUUGGUUUCAGCAGAUUUUCAUCUGUUUCGCUCGUGUUUCUUUCAUCACCUGAAACGCUACUGAGAGCAGUCCUGUUGCUACUCGGUCUGACAAGGGAGGCGUGUCCUGAUGGGAAAGGGACAUCACUGCGAGGGAUGGGCUGUAAUUUUCAAUAUUUGAACACUGAAUUUACUGUAAAAACUGAGUGAAUAAUAUCUCAUCUUAAAGUCUAGUUUUCAGUGUUUAAGUCCUACCUGUACCUGGUUGUGAUGCAGUAUAACCAUCAGAUAGUUGUUUCAACUAAGUCUGACAGUAUCUGCAAACUGCUAUUAAAAACAAAACGACAAAAUCAUGUUAGUUGCCAGUGAAAUAGAUGUGGUGCUCUGAGAUUCAGAACUCUCCUUCGGUCUGCAUGUUCAGGUGAGGGAUUGGGGGAACUAAAAUUAUUUAGUAACCAGUAGGGGUGGGAAUCACUGGUGGCCCCAUGAUACGAUAUUAUCUCGAUACUUGGGCCACAAUACAAUAUUAUUGCAAUUUUUAACAUUUUGCAUUAUGGUCAGUAUUGCAACACAAUAUAUUGCGAUUUAUACAUUUUUUCAACUGUUUAGCUAAUUUAGCAUUUGGCUUUUAUUUAUGUUUGUCUUAUUUACAGCGCAUUUUAUUUUCAUGUAGCACAUCUUGCAAACCUUAUGUAAACAGUAUUUGUUGUACUAACUUUCUCCUGCUCUAUGAUGUCACCUCUGCCAACCUCACUAGACAAACAGUUGAUUUUAAAUAAUCCAUGAUCAUAUAUUUGACUCCAUAUUAACAGUUUAUUUGACAAAUUUAUACUUAUAUACUUAAAAUUUAUAUUUUAUACCUGAGGUGUGAUCUUCAUGUGAGGCGCACUCUGAGAACCCCAGGCUAGCCUAAUGUAUGUGCACUCUAAGCACACAUGCUAAAUAACUGCAAUACUUUCCUUUUCCCCCAGGUGGACCUGAAGAUUUCCGAUGAGUGUGUGGCUCAGUGGAAAGACAAACCUCUGAUGACCAAACUAGGACAGAUCACAUGUAAGACACUCAAAGGAGGAAACAUCAGUUAAGAAACGCAUGCUCCACAUUUACCACAAGCUGCCACAUAUCAUCAAAAAUACUCUUGUCAACACAUCACCGUGGCAACAGUGCUCAAACUUCACCUUGAUAUAUCCAUCGGAAAAGGAUGGGACAUUGAUGCCAAAACUUUCAGAUGCUUUGGACAGCUCAGACGCUCUCACCUUGCUAUGGAUUUAUCAAAAAGUAAGAAUCAUAUGUAGAAUUGAUGUAAUUAAUUAACCAACCAUUCAUAUCCAUCUGUUAUCAGGAGUUGUACGGUUUUCUGAGCACUCUUAAAUGUUACGAUACAAUGUGACUGGGUUAGUGCUCGAGUGACGAGUUAGGACUUGGACGACAGAGGUCAACUUUCUUAAAUGUUGGUCUACAUGUUCUUUCCUUGAAGAAUCUCAGGCAUUUGAAAGGGAAUAAAUUUUUCAUUACUCUUGCAGGUUAAAGUCGAUGUGUUGAUUGCCUUAAUGGAGUAUGUUAGGGUAGUAGCCAAUGUGUAAACUCGGUGAAUAAGACUUGUUAUAUGAGAAACAGGCAUCGGGUGUGUAUAAAAAAUCAUCUUGUCAUGUAAAAUUUAAGGAAAUGUUGUACAGACAUCGAUGUCAUAACAAUCUGUCAAAUAUUCAAAUAACACAUCAUCUCUAAAGUGAAAUAAAAGUGGUCUGGAUUAUGUGGUCUGCAGAAAACUUUGUAUAUUUGUGUUGGAUGAGAGUUGAGUAUGUAGUUUAUUUCCCAAAAGGAAGCACAAAAACACUUUUAAUACACUUAUAUUUUAUUUAUAGAAGUAAUAACUGUACAUAAUUCUUUAUAAUCAUCAAGUUGUUGGGUUUUUGACCCGUUACAAAGAGUCAAAAAAAAAUUCACCCAACAAUGAUUUUGCUGGGGCAAAAGCAUUUUGUGCAAAAGGUGAUGAGCUUGAUUUUCCACCAAGUUAAAAGUUUUAGGUAAAUAAUGUUUUAAACAAACUGAUUUUACACAGUCUACUCCAGUGUAACGAAUCACACAGGGCCAAUAUUCACACCUACAGCCCUGAAAGUGUUUUUAGAUGAAAUAAAUGGUUGUAUAUUUCAGAUUUGGUAGGAGAAAGAAAAUGACAGCGCUACACGUGGGAAUAGCCACACAUAAAUAAUGAUACCUGUGUUAAAAGGAUUUUCAGAAUCUGCUCAGCUGACCUUUAUUUAACCAAAGAACAUGAUUAUAUAAAGCAUCUUAUUGACAUUUUAGGAAUUACUGCCACCUGAUACUUCAAUUUAAUCUUUACAAAAGUGCCUCUGUCUGAAUGGAUAAUAUCCCUCCUGUUCUUGUGAGUACGCAGCGUCCCUUUUUCUCAAACACAAACCCAGAGCGAUCUCUACCCACACAAUGAAAAGCAGGACUGAAAUUUUGUGACAUAUACUUUGUCAUCAGAUCUUUAGGCAUAGAAAGUGGUAAAAUGUUGAUUUAAACCCCUUUGAAAAUUGUGCAUUAUAUAUAUUACAACAGGAUUUAACAGCUGAUCUCUGUACAGAAAUGCUUGGUGAGACAUCCUUUGUCUGAGCUUUAGCAAGCACUACCUACUUCUUCCUCUGGGAGGCGAUAUCUCACAAGCCAAAUAUUUACAGUUCAGCCAUUGCACACAGUUUGUCCUGAGGGGCUUUUGUAAGAGAAUUAAGGUUUAGAAAAAUACUCCAGAAUAAAGCUUUCAUUAGAAACUCAGAGCAUCACUUUUUUGCAUAAAUAUGUAGGAAGGCCAUUACAGGCUAAGGCUUUUGGAGAAGACUUGACACUCUGAUAGUGGACAUAGCUCUUGCUGUGGGUUGUCCUCUUCUAGCUUGUUUUUUUCCUGCACAAGCCUUUGCCGCUCACCAUUGAGCUCUCUCAAAACAGCGUCUCGAUUGUGUCUGCUGUUACUCUUGUAGCUAAAGGGUAAAAAAGAAAAAAAGAGGUUAGACAUUAUGUCAACAAUGUAAUACAGUUACAGAAGCACAUGCGAUGGGUUUUCUGUCCUAAUCACAUUCUGCUAGGGUGGCAUGAUCAUGAGCUCCAGGUUAUGGCUGAUGGAGAAACAUGCUCGUGUGGAAGACAUUUUAAGCAACUAAGCAGCUUUCCUAUUUUGUUGCUUAACUUGUGUGUGCAGUUUUGUCCUCUUAGCCAAAAAAUGUGCUCUUCAAUGCACCAUCAAACUGCUUAGUUGGUCAAGAUCACAGUAAUGUAAGAACUUGCAUUCUGCUUUUUCAUGAUGGAGUGGCAACAUCGAUUUAUGCAUGCACUGACUCAGCUGCAGUACACUCAAACACACUGAUGGUGGCAUGACUCCAGAAAUGACAGAAACUCAUGCUUACAAAUAAAGUUCUGCUCUUACUUGUUGUCUCAAGUUGUGUUAAUCCACUCACAUUCCGUACUCCUAUGGCUCCGUUCCCUCCCACACUGAAGUCCAUCUUUGCCGUGCAGGCAGGGGGACUCUGUGUAGUACUCCCGCUCCCAUGGGCUGGUUUCUUAGCUACCGGUGGAGGUACUUUGUCCGAUUUUACUCCACCAUUGGAGAAGGUGACAGUCUUUGACUGGUCAGUUAUCUGCCUAAGCUCUACUGCCAAGCUGUGCUUCAGACUUGCUUGAGCUUCAGGGCAGGAGAUUGCUGCAGGCUCAAUUACAACCUUCUUUGUGCUCCUAGAGAAGAUAAAGCUGGCGGUAGAAGCUGGGGACUUGUGCAUGUCACCUCCUUCAAGUGUUUUCUGUGACAGAGCGCCUUGUUCACUGACAUAGCUGUGAGCUGAAGACCACACUCCCAGUCGGGAUGGAAGACCAUCUCUUGAAGACAUGGCUGCAGUUUUCAUGCGUAUGGCUUCCUGUAAGCGCAGUGAAGUGGUGUUGAGUGUCAUGGUUGGGGUGUUUAGUGUCACAGGAGAUGCUUUAACUGUUUUAGGGGGAGAUUUUAGCGACAGUGACUUGCGGAUUGGCUUCUGUGGAACAUUGUGAGGUCCUGGGAUUGAGAUCGGGCAAUUCUCAGUAGCUGGAGCUUCCUGGCUUGUUGACUUGUCCUCAGAUGGAGCUUUCACCUGAUCCUCAGUCAUGUUAACUGACCUAAGACGAACCAUCUGGAGCAGGGAAGGGGUAACCAGGGGUAUGUUGGCAUCCUCUUUAGGUAUGGGUGCACUUUUAUGUCGUGAAAGGAGUUCCUUGCUCCUGGAGUCUCUAUUUGCUACACUGGGCUGCCUUCUGAAAUUAACACCAUUGGUCAAAUUAUCAGCUUGUAAUGGGGGUGCUACUGGGAUAGUAACUUGGGGGUGGGUACUGACUGGAGGCCCAAAGGACAAAUGAUCUUCAGUUCUAAGAGAAUCUUGAUUUAGGAAACUGCUUGAGGGAACUAAAGUAGAGACAGACACUUGGUGCUCUAUUUUUGUAACAGGUUGCAAUACGGGUACCUCUACUGGUGCAGGUUUGGCACUGUCUGUUGUUGUAGUAUUCUGUACUUGCCUACAAGAAAUUUCAUCACAGGUGUUGGAUUUGGAAACCUGCACAUCCACCUCUAGUGAAGAGUCAGUGACUGUUUGUAGUGGAGCAGGAGGAACAUGUGGAAUCUGGUCAUAGACAGAGGUCCCAACUUCACUCAAAUCCUCCAUUGGUGCUUCGACUUUCUCAGUCUGGCUUUUUGAAAGAUCCAGCACCAUCAUACAACUGUCUGUCACUUUUGGCACAAUCUCUGACAUUAAGGGUGGAGGAGGUGGAGGGAAGUCAACCUCAUCUCCCCCAUCAAAGACUGAAUCCCCUUCCAUUGGAGGUGGAGGGGGUGGCCAGCAGGACUCUAUGACAUGGCUCUCUUCCUGUACCCUGUCCAGAUCAUCUGAAGUCAUGGAUACUGAUGGGGUGGGUGUUUUUCUUGAAAGAGGAGGUGUGGGGUGGUAUGUGGGAGGAGGGGUUGGUGGUGGAGAGGUCUUGCUUAUUUUGGGGGCCUCUACAGAGAGUGUCUGCUUGGAUAUGACCUUUCUGUUGUCUGUCUCACUCCCACUCUUAUCAAGUGGAUCUAAUGACGAGAUUUUACUGUUCUCAACAGGAACAUCAACUUCUGUUGUGGCACUACUACUCAAUUGACUUUGUUGUUCAUCCACUGAGGGCUCCUUUAAAGUUUGUUCCUCUCUGAGCAGCACUGUCACAGGUUUCUUCAUGACUGGAGGUGGAUCUUUCUUUGGAGUUACCUCUCGACUCUCAGGAAGCUUGACUACAGGGCAACUCUGCUCUGGUUUCUGAGUGUCGGCACUUACUUCUAUUCUUUCUUCAUGGAUUCCACGACAUUCACUAUCCUCCAGUUCUUUGAGAACAAUUCCAGGUACCGUCUCUAACAAUGUCUCUGGCUUGGCAGGACUCUCUGUCAAUUCUGUGCCAGAUUUUUCCAUGGAUGAUUGUUCUUCAACUAAAACUUGCUUCUCGAUACUGUCUUCAGUCUGAGUUCCUGCCUGCUUGACUGUGCUGUUCUGUAUCCCUGCUGGUGUCUGGGUUCCGUUGUUGACAUUAGGGCAAGAACCACACAGGAGCUCAAAGGAGCGUCUGUUGUGAACCCAUGUCUCUGGAGGAGGAGGACAUGGUGCUUUGACUUUAGGGGGUGGUGGGAUGUUCAACAGCUCUCUGACUUCAGCUGUAACACUUGGAGAGCUGUUUUUAGGGGUAGGCUCUUUUGCAGCAAUUUUAGAUGAAGAUCCCUGUGGAGGUGGACUGGGGCUGCUUGCUGAAACAUGUACAUUGACAGACUCAGACGCAACAGAUGAAAGAGAGGUGAGAGAUGAGGAAGGUGAAGCUCCUGAGGACGAGGCCCGAGACACUGAUCUGUCUGGUUUGAUUGGCUUUGUCUUCUGCUUUUCAGGGGACGUUGGGGAGAUCCCUUUUGGGGAAAGAGUUGGAGUGCCACUUUGACUCGAGUAGCCACUGGAAGGAGACAAGGUGCGUUCAAAUUUCCCCCCAUCAGAGUGAGUUUUCUGUGGGGACGAGCUUGUGCAUUCUGACUGGGAGUCUGUUGCUCUUCCUACCUCAGUGGAAGAGACCUGUGUGGUGCUCAAGGGAUUGGUUGGAGCAAUUACAGAGACAGGAUCAGUGGAGUUUGAUACAGGGAUGGGGGUCCUGCUACUAUCUGCAUUAACUGACUUUGUGUCAUUUUUUGUUGCAGGUUUUUCUGUAUCAUUUGCCAUCUCUCCAGACAUAGAUUCAUUGAGAACCUUACUAUCUACCAGAGCCCUAUGGUUGCUUCUGAUCCUGUUAUUAUGCAGAGAGUUUGUUCUCCUUGGAGGUGCAGGGGGUUGCUUGGUCUUCAUGACAGAUAGGCUACGAGUAAAAUUCUGUUUGUUCUUUCCUUCAUCCCCAGCUGAUACUGACCCCGACAAACCAGAUUCGCAUCCUUGACCUGCAAAAACAUUUUCACUUCUACUGCUAAUCAUGCUAACUGAGCUACGGAGGCUGACAUGGUCAUGGUCCUCACUUGCGUGCUCUACCGGACUUUCCUGCCCAUUCAGUUCCACUUUCUGAGAGUUAGCACCAUGCGUGCUACUCUUGGAGGAUGAAGGGGAGGACUGUGAAAUAAUGGUCUUUGAAGACUGUGACUCGGUCCAGUUUGAGCCUGAAGCUGAUGUUGGCAUAUUCGUGGAGUCUUUUUGAAAGUUGUCCGCCUGGGAAUCAUCACCAUCUGAUCUUCUGGACAACAAAGGGCUGACAGCUGAGUCUCCAGAUGCCAAGCUGCUUUUGCUCACAGUGCGGACACUACCGCCAUGGUUUACACUGCUCCCACGUGCUCGGCUGCUGCUGCGGUCUAUCUCUAUAACUUCAAUCGAGGCUGGCAAGACCGCAUUUGGGAUGAUUGUAGACAAGUAGGUGGCCUGGGGAGAAAUUGACAUCACUGGGCCCUAGGGUGGAAAAAAAGGGGAUUUUAAAGGAUAAGAAAUUCGCUCUGGGUUGCACCAGCUGUGUGGAAUUUCAAAUAAAGCCUAAUGGAAACAUGAUUUCUAAUAUAAGACAGUUUACAGAGCUGAACCAGCUGAGAUCGUUUUUAUGCAAACAUAUGAUGCAUUUAAAAUAUAACACCCAGCUAUAACACCUGCACCAUUUCAAAACACAAAAUACUUGUUGGAUGGGGAGAAGCAGAGGGCUUUACCAGCUAUUUUGUGUAAGCUAUGCUACAGGCAUGAGAGUUAAGAAAGGUGCUUUCCACUACUUGACCAAACAGUGAAACAACUUCAGUUACAAAUUAACCUUUUUUUUUUUUAUGGUAUAGCACUCAAUCUUAGGAUGAAACCUGAACAGAGCUGUAACAGGCAGCAUACUUAAGAGUUUUUGAACUUGAAAGCCUUUUUCCUUGACUAAAUGAUUUUGUUCUUACCAGGGGUUCCUGGAGAAAGCUAAGCAUUGAUGAAGAAGAGAAGGUCAAAGAAGUGGUCAUGCCUGGCACUGCAAGGGACUUUGGUCUCAGAUUUGAGGUUGGACCAAGAUAAGAGCUAAAACUCUGGUGGUUGAACGGGUGCUCUCCUUGAUUCAUUGCCUGGAGGUGCUUUGUCAGCAGCUGUUCAUCUCUGGAUGCAGCCUGUUUGAAGUAGAGAGAGGAUCAAUGAAAAAGUGAUAAAAAUUGACCAAAGUAGAACUCAUUUAUGUAGAUAAUUUCUUUGUGAAGAACCCUUUACCUCCAGGUCUGAAAGAUGCACCCUUGCUCCUUCUUUAUUUGCCACUGGGGUCCCUCCAUCAACUGUAGGAACGAUAACGACACCUGAUUGGCUGUGACUCAUCUUACCAUCCUGAUCAAGAGGUUGAGUGGAAACAAGCUGCUGGAAGGUGGAGGUUCUGUGCAAUGCUGGGAGGAGAGCAGAUCGCUGUCAUGUUCACAUCCACUGAUACAAGGUUUCUACAGGAUUAGUGAGGGAAGUGACGGGGACAUACCAAGUUCUCUCUGGACCUGGUUGGGAAUACCCAUGAUAGUGGUUCUCCUGCUCCUUUUCUUGCUUCUAUCGAGUCUUUUUACUGGAUUCAGAGGCUUAAACGUUGAACCUGACAGGAAAGAAAAAUAGUCUUUUGGAGCUGCAAAAAUGACUCUUUUUUUGGAUGCAAUUAUCAAUCUUCAUAAAGACCAGGAGCUUGAACACAAGCACCAUUAACCAGUGAAGUUAAAUCAGGAAAAAUGACUUUUUCAAAAGACAGAGGCCAGAAACAUGGAUGGAAUAUCAAUCUCUCUUUCUUCACACACACACAGGCAUAUUUUACCUUCCAGCUGUGAUAUGCAGAGGCAGAGCAGUUCUGUCUUCAGUUAUAUUCAAGCUUUGAGUUACCAAAAAAAGCUUCAAAUGUGUGUGUCUACGUGUGUGUGUAUGUGUGUUGUUCCUUCUCCUUUGAUUUCAAACCGUAACUGCAGAGACACCAAGCAGCUGAGACUGAGACAAGCAUGCUAAAUAAGUACCCGUCUAUGACUCUUUGUGACGCAGUAAAUUCAAGAAGCUCCAACCGCUUGCACCAAGAUUAGCUUCUAUUUCCACCAACAUAAGGCAGUGUGGAUGCGUCCUUUCUAUGUUUCUCUUUGAAUAAGCACAAACAGUCAGGGCUGGAGUUUACCUUGGCGGGUGAGCACAGGCCUUGUCGACACAGCAGAGGUUAUUGUGGUAUCAGUGCUUCCUGUGGUGGAUCUUAACUCCACAGAGAGACCUCCGUCCUUGGAGCUGACAUCCUGCUCUGGUCGCAGAGUGUCUGUGGACUGCAAUAGAUAUACACACACACACACAAAGACACACGAGUAUUUAUUUGCCCUCAGUGUUAACAUUGAGUGUGUAGGAUGUGGAAGGAGAAACAUCUACAGAACAUUUUGGGGCACUUACAGCAAUGCUCUCAUUGUCAGGGAAGUUCAGUCCAUUUUGGUGUUCUGAAUGAAGCAAACAGACAAAGAACAGAAAAACAAUUUAACCUCCGUUCAUAACUAUUUAUCGCUUGUCAGUUACACUAUCAGAAGUGAAUGCUUCAGCUUUUUAUAGAGGAGUUUAUCAGACAAACAGUUUUAAUUUCCUACCCUGGAGAUUUUUAAAGCUCCUUUGAGGAGAUUUCUGUUUGUGUUUUGGUGCCUCCUGUGGACUUAGACUUGCAACUUCACUGAUUUCGUCUUGUAUAUAUAAAUGUUGUAUUGUCUAAUUUAAGAUUUGAUUCUUCUUAAUUUUAACAGUAAACUUCAUUUGGAGUAUCUGCUGUGGAAAAGGACUUAAAAGAGGAAGUUUCUUUAGCAUGCUUUAAAUUUCUAUAUAGGCAUACACAUAGUCACUAAGUUUCAUCUGUUUCAAAACCAGGGGCUUUAAAUUUGAUGUUAUAGCUGAACCUCAUUUUGUUUUAGAUGGGUCUACAUCCUUAAAGCUUUUGACUAACCAGCUGUCAUAUUUGUCUUACCUUCCUGCUGUAGUAUCUUGAGGCCUUCCUGGGCCUCUGUGUGCAGGUCCUCCAGGAACUGUGGCCUGCUGCCCUCGAUGAAAACAUUCUCCUGGUAGUGCUGAGAGGUCGUGUAGUGGACGGUCAACCUCUUUUGGUCCUCAUUAGUCUUCGGGCCAGCUGUUAAAUUGUGGAGAAGGAUAGAGAAAACAGGAGCAAUUAAUUUGGCAUUAAUGAAAACGCCUUUUCAACAGUUUAGCUCCAGAAUAUGGAUGUGCAUCUUCAGUCACCUAAAUGAUAAAACACUGUCACCCUUGCUCGUUGUCAGCAGAAUUACUAAUUGGUUAAAUUAAAAAUUCAUAUUUUCAUGUCCUUGAUUUUAGCUCUAAUUCAUGUUCCGAUGCUCCAAACCUAUAUAUGAACAGGCACAGAUGACAGCUCAGAGAAUUAUUGGGUUUGGAAGUACAUUGGUUUAAAGACAUAUAGAGAUAUGCUUGUUUUGGUUGCCUACA